CAGACACACACACAUAUACCACGCUGUCUGCUCGUAGAUGAUCACAUUUUCAUCAGCCUGACCCCGCCUCUGGUGAAUGCAGGGGCGCUCCAUGUGACGCUGGGGCUGUAACAAAAAUCCAGUAUGGCGGAAUCUGUCAGGAGAUGAUUUUUUUCUUCCCCUCCUCCUGCGUUGAGGAAAAGAGGAGAAAAAAGCCUCGGAGUGCUAACAUGGGAGAGAUUUUUUUCUUUUUUUUUUUUUAAGAAAGGCCAGCCGCUUUGGGACACAUGCUGGGACGACUGGCCUCCUCCCGGCCCGUGUAUAGGUUGGUGCUAAACAGCGAGUUGCCACUCUGAUUGGAGUUGCCGGAUCAAUAAGCUAAUGGAGAUUGGCUGCUGCCGGACGUCUGCUUCCUGUUUCCCGUUUGACCGUCCUGAGUGUUGGAUCAGCCUGAACACACAUUCAAACCCACACUGUCCUCCUCCUCCCAGCUCUGGCAGGCUAACAGGCUCCUGAUCACCAUCCUGUAAACCACAUCCGUACUUCAACUCAAACACACACAGACAUCUGUCCUUCAGUGAACACACGCUCACACGACGAGCUGGGUGCACACUCGCCGUACUGCGUGGACGUCUGCCUGACCGACCUGGCAGCAAUGACUUCACACAGCCACCAAGAGGGAAUCCUGGGAAAGGAGCAGCCGCUCGAGGUCCUGAAGACAUCGGCGCUCAACCACAUCCCAACAGUCGACAUCAACUCUGCGCUGCCCCUUCGUCUCCCGCCGGCCGCCAUCCCCAUGGAUCUGCGCGUGGACCAUCACCAGCAGCAGCAGCAGGUGUCCUCGCUCUCCCCGCCCGCCCAGCAGUCGCCCGGCCAGCCCGGCGGCGGCAGCGGUGGCGGCAGCGUGGUGGCGGCAUCGGUGCACGAGCAGCAGCUGCAGGCUGAGCUGCUGGCCCUGAAACAGAAGCAGCAGAUCCAGCGGCAGAUCCUCAUCGCAGAGUUCCAGAGGCAGCACGAGCAGCUGUCCCGCCAGCAUGAGGCCCAGCUGCAGGAGCACAUUCAGCAGCAACAGGAGCUCCUGGCUUUGAAGCACCAGCAGGAGCUGCUGGAACAUCAGAGGAAGAUGGAGAACCACCGUCGGGAGCAGGAGCUGGAGAAGCAGCAGAGAGAACAGAAGCUGCUGCUGCUGAAGAACAAGGAGAGGGGCCAAGAAAGCGCUGUGGCCAGCACCGAGGUGAAGAUGCGUCUCCAGGAGUUCGUCCUGAAUAAGAAGAAGGCACUGGCCCAGCGUAGCAUCAACCAAGGAGGCCUCCCCAACGACUCUCCCUACUGGUACCGCAAAACCCAGCACAGCUCUUUGGACCAGAGCUCGCCUCCACAGACUGGCGUGUCCACCUACAACCACCCUGUGCUGGGCGUCUACAACCCCCGGGAUGACUUCCCACUGCGAAAGACUGCAUCUGAGCCCAACCUGAAGCUGCGCUCCCGGCUGAAGCAGAAGGUAAGCGAGCGUAGGAGCAGUCCGCUGCUGCGUCGCCGAGACAGUCCCAUCACCAGCGCCAAGAAACGCUCGCUCGACAUGGCAGACUCGGCAUGUAGCAGUGCACCCGGCUCGGGCCCAAGCUCUCCAAAUAACAGCUCCAACAACAUCCCUAAUGAGAACGGCAUCACUGUGUCAGUCUCCAACAACACGGAGGCAUCUUUGGCCCAGAGGCUGUGCAGCGGUGCUGAUCGUGGCUCCGUUAGCCAGCUGUCCCUCUACACUUCCCCAUCUUUACCCAACAUCACCCUGGGGCUGCCAGCCACUGCCACGGCCACUGCUGCUUCUAAUGUGACCUCAGCCCAACAGGAUGGAGGCCUGCAGCCAGCCCUCUCCCUCAGCCCUCCAUUCCUCUCCGGUGGCCACUUGACCCCCUACUUGGCCGAGGCUGGAGCAGGAACAGGCGGGCACGGUGCACACAGUCCCCUGCUCCAACACAUGGUGCUCAUGGAGCAGAGUCCAGCGCAGAGCCCCCUGGUGACAGGUGUAAGCGGCCUGUCUAUGUCGUCAGCAGCGUCCAUGACCAAACUGCAGCGGCAACACCGGCCCCUGGGGAGGACCCAGUCGGCCCCGCUGCCCCAGGGGACCGCGGCCCAGGCUCAUGCGCAGGCCCUGGCACUGCAGCAGCUGGUGGUCCAACAGCAGCACCAGCAGUUCCUGGAGAAGCACAAGCAGCAGUUCCAGCAGCAGCAGCUCCACCUAAACAAGAUGAUGGCCAAGCCCAGCGAGUCGCCUAUGGGCCGUCAGCACCAGAGCCACCCCGAGGAGACAGAGGAGGAGCUGAGGGAGCACCAGGACGGAGGAGGCCUGCCGCACGGGGUCACCAUCAAGCAGGAGCCCCCCGACCCCCAGGAGCUGCAGGAGGAGGUGCUGCAGCAGCAGCACAGGGAGAGGGAGAGGCAGGCUGAGCAGGAGCUCCUCUUCAGACAGCAGGCCCUGCUGUUGGAGCAGCAGCGGAUUCACCAACUGAGAAACUACCAGGCCUCCAUGGAAGCUGCCGGCCUCUCUAUCUCCUUCCCGGGACACCGCCCCCUGUCCAGGGCCCAGUCAUCUCCGGCCUCCGCUUCCUCCUUCCCGAUCAGCGUCCCCACGCCCGAUCCUCCAGUCAAGCCUCGCUUUACCACAGGCCUCGUGUAUGACUCCCUGAUGCAGAAGCAUCAGUGCAUGUGCGGCAACACCAACAGCCACCCGGAGCAUGCGGGACGCAUUCAGAGCAUCUGGUCCCGACUGCAAGAGACUGGACUCAGAGCUCAGUGUGAGUGCAUCCGUGGGAGGAAGGCCACUCUGGAAGAGCUGCAGACAGUUCACUCUGAAGCCCACGUCCUGCUGUAUGGAACCAACCCACUCCGACAGAAACUUGAUUGUUCAAUCACUCCUAUGUUUGUUCGGCUCCCGUGUGGAGGGGUGGGGGUGGACAGCGACACCAUUUGGAAUGAGGUCCACUCCUCCAGCGCGGCUCGCCUCGCCGUCGGCUCGGUGGUAGAGCUUGUUUUUAAAGUUGCUACUGGAGAGCUAAAGAAUGGUUUCGCUGUGGUCCGCCCUCCUGGACACCAUGCGGAGGAAAGCACUCCCAUGGGUUUCUGCUACUUCAACUCUGUGGCCAUCGCAGCCAAACUGCUGCAGCAGAGACUGAAUGUCAACAAGAUCCUCAUUGUGGACUGGGAUGUUCAUCAUGGCAACGGCACCCAGCAAGCCUUCUACGAUGACCCCAACGUCCUUUACAUCUCUGUUCAUCGCUACGACGACGGCAACUUCUUCCCUGGAAGCGGAGCACCUGAUGAGGUGGGCAGUGGCCCUGGAGUCGGGUUCAACGUCAACGUUGCCUUCACCGGAGGUCUCGACCCGCCCAUGGGAGAUGCAGAAUACCUGGCUGCCUUCAGGUCAGUGGUGAUGCCGAUAGCCAGCGAGUUUGCUCCAGACAUCGUGUUGGUCUCUUCUGGCUUCGACGCCGUCGAGGGACACCCUCCCCCGCUGGGCGGCUACACUCUGACAUCCAAAUGUUUCGGUUAUCUGACAAGGCAGCUGAUGACCCUCGCCGGAGGCCGUGUGGUCCUGGCUCUAGAGGGAGGUCACGACCUCACCGCCAUCUGUGAUGCCUCCGAGGCCUGCGUGGCCGCCCUGCUCGGCCAGGAGCUGGACCCACUGCCCAAGGCUGUCCUCGAGCAGAGGCCAAACCCCAACGCUGUUCGCUCUCUGGAGAAAGUCUUGGAGACUCACAGUAAGUACUGGCGCUCGGUGCAGCGCUACUCGCCGCGGCUGGGGCUUUCUUUGCUGGAAGCCAAACGGGGAGACUCGGAGGAGGCUGAGGCCGUCAGCGCCAUGGCCUCUCUCUCUGUGGCCAACUCUAAUGCCAUGGAGCAAAGCAGGUCUGAGGAGGAGCCCAUGGAAGAGGAGGAGCCGCUGUAGUGGACGAAAACGUGAGGGCGUCACCGCGUUACCAUUGACCUCUCCGGAGAACGCCUCUUUGAGCAGCAAAGAGUCUCGACUGAUCCCUUCAUUUAGUCCCCAAUAACCCCACUCACCACGUCAGUCACCUUGAUUGGCGGCCCCUCGGCCAAAAAAAACGAGGGAGAGGGGGUGGGCUCAGCCUCAAGAGUAGGGAGCCAAUCAGAAGACAGAGGAGGACUGAACUGGAAAAAACUUGUUUAAACAUACCGGCAAGCGCUCGCUCAGAGACGUUUUAUCUGUCAGUCUUCGCACCCCCAUGUUAGCCCUCGCCGGCUGAUCAAGUGAUCACGGCAGCGGGCGAGCGUAUUUGGAGCGGAGCGAUCGGGAGAGGGCAGGGGCGAGAUCAGAUCUCGUCACCGAAAGGUGCGAUGACACUUCUGUGCAGAAAAUACGGUGCUUUACGCGGCUGCCCUCUGACCACAUCCAGUACGGACACGGGGACAGCAGACGUCCCCAGCUGUCAAGAGGCAAGCGCGGGGAUUUGUUUUCUUUUUUUCUUGACUAUUUUCCCUCCCUAAAGAAAUGGGGGGGGGGCAUCAUGGCAACCGAGAAGAUAAUUUUACUAAAUGUGUUCACUGUGGACUUUGGUUGGGCCGAAGUUUGAGUAGGCUUUUACAAAGAUUUUAACGGUGAGACUCCGUCGCCUCGCCGGACCAGCCUGUUGUCGAAGGUUGACGAGUUAGAGGAGUGCCUUGGUGAGGGUCCGCUGGAUUUCACGAUUGUUCAGGAAAAGAUUGCCUUAAGAUUUUUCUCGCCGAGGAAUCGGCCCGAGGGUGCGGGAGACGGAGGAGAGUUUCAAGUCCUUUCUUGUGGGGGGGGGGUGAUGAAAAAUAUAGCAAACAAUCUUUCAGCAUGUUUACUUGGAACGUGACGAAGACAGCAUUUAUGUCUCUCACGGCCUCUCUUGAAGAGUUACUUUACUUUUUUUUUUUGGAUGGAUCUAUUUUUCUGUAAAAAAGGAAGAAAAGAAAGAAGGAAAUGAAAGCGCUUUGUAAAGGUAGUUGCCAGCUUCAGUAGAGGAAAAAAAUUAAAGGUGCAAACAUGGAGACCUUCAAAGAAGGAAUUAGAAAAGGUUUAGCCUUUAAUGUAGCUUCCCUUUAAUCGAAGUCGUCGCUUUGUAAAACGCAUGCAUUUGAGCAGAGAGGCCAGACAUGUUUUUUUUCUUUGUUUCUUUUUACCUGCAAGAUAUUUUGAAUGUUAUCCAAAAGAGAAAGCCAAGCAAGAGAAAGCCAAAGCAUGAGUUUGGAUUUACAGCAGCACUUAACUCCACUUAGAUGGCAAGCCGACAAACAUUUCACGUAUUGGCCCUUUAAGACAAGGCGCCCAAUACCCAGUUCAAUGUUUACUGAUUUACUCCUUCACAGAUCAGGUGUGUGCCGAGCCCAUGCUUUGCCGGUUGGCAACUACCUUGGUUACUAUUGUGAGCUAAACAUCAGCCAUGUAUAUUGAAUUGAAUAUAUUUUGAGAGGCAGUAAUCGAGUAUUGUCUUUGUUUGUAUUUUACAUGUAUGAUUUUCGCAUCAACUUGUCAAUUCUGCAACGUCAGAAGUGUGUUUGGUAAGCGUGUCCACUCCUUUUUUCUUUUUUUUUACUUUUUACUGUAUAAAAUUAUUUUUCUAACUUUUUCAUCCAUAGAUUUUGUUCUGUGUUUUUAUCCGUUUUCUGAAUAGUUAUAGGGCUGCCAUUCACGUCCUUAGUACUGUUGUUCUUUCUUUCUUGUAUUUAUCAGAACUAAGGAGCAACUCUUUCUUUCUUUCUUUCUACGGCUCCCUGAAGCCUUUCUGCAUUUUCAUCAAUGAUGUAUUUAUAACAUGUACUGUUUAUAGGAGAUUUGUAUAUGGAAAAAUUUAUAAAUGUACUCUAAACUAAUGACAGCUAUGAUAUUGUGAGCAAAAAAAAGAAAAGCAGUAUGGUGUAAGAUGUUACUCCAUGAACUUUGAAAAAGCAGCAUAUUUAACUCGUCAUCGACUGCACUGUUUUCCAGUGGUCGCUACGCGGCACCGCGGUUGACUUUUUAAACACCUACAGAGUCAAGACAUUUGAUCACUUUGUUGCCUAACAUUUCCUCUGGUGCAUGUGCGACAUGCGCUUACCUUUCAACUGUGAUAACACCCAAAAAACAAACAAAACAACGUUUAGAGGCCACCUUAUGUAGCUAGCUGAGUUUUCUGUGGUGGGAAAAGAAAAGAAGGGGACACCUAUGUCAACGAAAGGAUUUCUUUCUUUUUGUUUUUCAAGCAGCUCGGGAUGGAAAACAUCAGCCAAUCAUUUCAAAGUCCUUCUCUAAGCAUGUGUGGCACUAUCAUGACGUCGGUGUUUCCUUCUUCCUUUUCCUGCUUUGAACUGACCUGACACGAAGAGUAGAUCGAAUACAUUCGAAUGAGCCCCCAUCUGUCAACUGCUUUGUUAAACACCUGAUUAAAGACGACUGUCAUGUUUAUUUUUAAAGGGACUUUUCAUCCCCCAAAUCAAAUGAGCGUGUUUUUCCUCUGGCCUGUAGUGAUUUAUCCAGUCGGAUUGCUCCGGUGCGAGUUGCCCAUUGUUGAUGAUAUCAGCUGUAGACAUUCCUGUGGCUUUUGAAUAUAAUGGGACUAAAAAGAAGUUUCCUUGUGCUGCUCAAAAAGAGGAAAAAAGAUGACCCACUUAUACAAAAAUAUCCACAAAUCUUGCUGUGAGGAGCUACAUGUAGAAGCUAUUUUCUUUCCACCAAAAUACAUCCACCAUCUAACUGUGAUUAGGCUUAGAUGCCAUAUUGCAGAUGGUAAUGCGGAUGUAUUUUUGCCCUCGCUAUUUUUGUCAGUGGAGACUCGGGAGAUCUGAGUUUCUGUUCUGACCCAUUUCUGUAUAAAAUGGCAACUUUUUGAGGUUUUGGAUGUUACAGUUUAGGAAAUGAUUAAAACUAAUAAACAGGGGCUUACGUUCCACGGGUGUUAACACUUUACUGUUGCAAAUAUGACAGGAUUGACAGGAGUUCACAAUCAAAAAUCAACAACUUCUUUUUAGCUGAUUUCAUGUUCAGUGGCUGUCCUGACACUAAACGAACCCAAUAUGAGCUUUAAUACUAUCUGCAUACUUCUUUUGGCUAGCGGAUCUAGUCAGUAGAAAUAAAUUAUACAUAAAUUAUCCAUGAAGACGUUUGAUUUUUGGAGGACACGUUGCUGAGUUUUUAAAAUAUCUUUUAUGUCUUUGAGCAUCACAAGGUGAGUCCCAUUUUUUUUGAACCCCAAUUGAUUUAUCAAAACUUCAACCAUAAUUAUUUGCCAUACUAUUGGUAAUGGCAUUUAUAACAGCCAAUAAAUGAGAAUUUUAAAAAAUAAAGAAGAGAAACACCCUUCACCAAGUUAUGAGUGUUGACAUUACAUAGUGUGUCCACCAGAGGCCACUAUGCAGCGCCACAAAGACAACCAGCUGGUUUGAGCAUAAAUAAGUAAGUACACCCCCCCAAAAAAAUUAGGGUAAAUUUUUUUGUUUGUCCAAAAGAAAAACGUAUAUUGGUAUAUCACAAUAUCGGAUUUUCAGAUCACCAAAUGUUGGUAUCAGUCUUAAAAAUCCUUUAUCAGUCAGGCUAUGGCCAGAAAAGGCUGAGUUUUCUAAUCCCAGCACAGUCGGGCAGAGCUUAGACAAGUAAAUAAAUAAGUACACUUAACAAAUUUUAGGGAAAUUUCUUUUGGUUUUUUAAAAGGAAAAAAAUAUCAGCUGAUAUCUCAAAAUAUAUACAUUAAAAAAAUAUAUAUUGGUAUCUGUCUUAAAAAUCCCUUAUCAGGCCAACUCUAGCCAGAGAAGGCCCAGCUGUCUACAACCAAAACUGGUCCACUUACAGCAGAAUAAUAGACGUGGAUGAGCAGUAGGACAGGCCAGAGGAAAGAAAUGUCUAAAUUUGAGUUGAUAUAAUUUUCUAAACUUGUAAGAUUUGCGGUUAAGUUGAUAUUUUUCAUCUCUAACCAAACAUUCCACUUGUUACUUGCUUAAGUUGUAGAUUUUUUACUACUCUUUCUUUUUUUGCUGUCUGCUCGCGCCAAACUUUAACUCUUUGCAUGGUUUGUGAGUCAGCAUGCCUGCUUGUCUGUGUAACAAAAAGUGUAUUUGCACAAUAGAAGAAGAACACUGGAGGACUUAUAUAUUUAAAAAAAACAUAAAACAAAAAAAAAAACCUCCCUUGGCAGCUCCCAAGAGCUCCAGGAGGGAUGUUUUUUUUUUUCUUCCUCUCUGGUGGGCAAACAAUUCAAAGGACUUUGUCCAAAUGACUCCACUGAGAAACAUUUAAUAUCAUUCUUAUUGGAUAAGUGAUUUCAAGCACUUACGACUUGUAUGAACUGUGUUUGAGAGAAACGUGCUCUGCCAAACCUCUGCUACAUUCAGACCUUAAAGACGCUCCCAAAGAAUGUUCCUCUUUCAAAGAUUUCUAAACGGGCACUGGAGAAAUCAGUUGAGAAAAAGGUUUGGGGGGAAAAAGGGCAUCGUCGUUUGAUUGUCACACCCACCUCGGCCAGUUCUAUACAUAUAUAUAACCACUGUGGCUCAAGAGCAAUUCUUGGUUUACAUGUAAAUGGAUUAAAAAAGUUAUUUUUUGUUUGUUGUUUGUCUCUAUUGAUGAAAAAUGUUAUCUUUCUUUGGGACCUACGCUUUGGACAUUUCAUCUCUGACAUCAUCUAUAAAAUAUAUUUCUGAAAAAUA